AUGAAGCAUGCAGGGCAAGCAGCCAUGUUGGUAUUCAUGGCGCCGUCGCACGCCGAGCCGUUUGUGAUUCGAGAGCUCUACUCUUCCGAUGAGUGCAUAAACGGUAGCCUUCUGAACACCUCCUGGGAGGAGAUAGUGAGGGUUUGCAUGGCUCCGCAGAACUUCAGGGUGGAGAUCAACUCCCAGACGAUCGUGUACAGGUAUUACAAUGCAUCUUUUCCGUCCUGUGGCGGGACCAUGAUGCACAGCGAGGUCUUCGAGACUGACGAGUGCGUGCUGGACUCUGCGGCGAAUGACACCCGCUAUGUAAAAAUGACCCUGAAGUUGCACGACGCUGUCGUGGAACAGGUGUAUGAUUCGCAAAACUGUGCCGGCAGCCCCGCAGAAACCAACACAAUGCGGCUCGGGAUCUGUGAUGAGCUGAACAAUCGCAGUUUUCAAUGCAAUGAAGGUGUUGUCGAGGAGCUCCACUACCAGGAGCAGCGUAAGAAGUUUCCCCAAAUGUCCAAGUAG